AGGGCCCCGGAAGUGCAACUUGAACUCGGCAGUGGCGCCGCAUCCGGGGAGCUGAGAUCACAACAAGCGCACGAGUGAGUCCGGCCGGAGAUGACUCUCUUCUGAGAAUUGAUGUCCAUUUACAUCAUUUCUUUAAUUUGGUUGACACUUUGGAUAAACAUGGCACAACUCCAGCAAGGAGGUCCAGAUGAAAAAGAAAAAACUACAGCACUAAAAGAUUUAUUGUCUAGAAUAGACUUGGAUGAACUGAUGAAGAAAGAUGAGCCACCUCUUGAGUUUCCUGAUACUCUUGAAGGAUUUGAAUACGCUUUUAAUGAAAAGGGGCAGCUGAGGCACAUUACAACAGGGGAGCCAUUUGUCUUUAAUGCCCGUGAAGAUUUGCACCGAUGGAACCAAAAGCGCUAUGAGGCUCUUGGAGAGAUUAUUACUAAAUAUGUAUAUGAGCUCUUGGAAAAGGAUUGCAAUUUGAAAAAAAUCUCACUUCCAGUAGAUGCUACUGAGAGUGAACCAAAGAAUUUUAUCUUUAUGAGUGAGGAUGCAAUGACUAAUCCAGACAAACUGAUGGUUUUAAUUCAUGGUAGUGGUGUUGUCAGGGCAGGUCAAUGGGCUAGAAAGCUUAUUAUAAAUGAAGAUCUGGACAGUGGCACACAGAUACCUUAUAUUAAGAGAGCUAUGGAUGAAGGGUAUGGAGUAAUAGUGCUCAAUCCCAAUGAAAACUAUAUUGAAGUGGAAAAGACCAAAUCACAAGUGCAGUUAUCUUCUGAUGGUUCAGAUGAGCCAGCAGAAAAACGUGAAAGAAAAGAUAAAAACUUCAAAGAAGCAAAGAAGCGGCGUGAUUUUUAUGAAAAGUAUCGUAACCCUCAGAAAGAAAAAGAGAUGAUACCAUUAUAUAUUAGAGACAACGGCUCUCCUGAAGAACAUUUAAUCUAUGUAUGGGAUCACUUCAUAACUCAUUCUGCAGCUGAGAACACAUUUUUUGUUGCUCACAGCUAUGGAGGACUUGCCUUUGUUGAAUUGAUGAUUCAACGAGAAGCAGAUGUAAAAAAUAAGGUAACUGCUGUGGCGUUGACAGACUCUGUUCACAAUGUGUGGCAUCAAGAAGCUGGCAAAACUAUUCGGGAAUGGAUGAGAGAGAACUGUUGUAAUUGGGUGUCUAGUUCAGAACCAUUAGAUACAUCAGUGGAGUCCAUGUUGCCUGACUGCCCUCGUGUCUCUGCAGGUACUGAACGUCACGAGCUCACUUCGUGGAAGAGUCUCCCAUCUAUUUUCAAAUUCUUUACUGAAGCUUCGGAAGCAAAGAACAGUCCACUCAAAGCAGCUCUAACUCGACGCUCCCACAGGAUAAAACACGAAGAGAUUUAAGAGGAGCGAGAAAAAGAGAAAGGACACACAACCACACACAUCCGUGCAUACACAUGUACAGACCCGCAGACACACCCGAGAGUUCACACAGGCAUCCCUUAACUACUUAUUUUCGGCAAGCAGACUCCCAGCCCCUCAUUAGAUUGUUUUCUUCCCAGAGCACAGGGUCGUGAUGUAUACAUCUAAAUAGCGUUUUGCAUUAUUUCUAGAUGAGUGCAACUGUCAAAGCAAUAUGGGUUCACUGGUUGUGCUUCCUGUGGGCUGUAGCUUGGAUUUCGUGCUGCCCAUCAGUGCGCAGAUUAAGGCUGACAGCGGUACUGCACAGUGCAGCGUGGUGCAGCUCUAAUUGCCCUCACAUAGCCCUGCACCGAGUUGAUGGCACAGCUUAAGAGUUUCUUCAUGGUCCUAUUGCCUGCAUUAUUUUUUGCUGCUUUGGGGAAGUGUGUGUGUGUGUGUGUGUGUGUGUGUGUGUGUAUAAAACAUUACCUUUUUUUCUUUUGGACAGAAGCAAACUUUAUUAUUUUAUAAACUUAAAAUUUUAGGUAGUCUUUUUCUCCAUGAAUAGUUACUUAAAAUGUCUCUGACAACAUGUUAUUGGUUUUACUUUGGGGAUGAAUUUUAAACUCUUUAAAUUAAUAGCACAAAUGCUUUGCAUUAUGUAGAUUUGUAAAUGUGAACUACAUGCUUAUUAAAAACAUUAAGAAUCUAUUUUUCCUUAACAGACCAGAGAAAACUAGUUGAAAAUCUUUCAGUUCCUAAAUCCACUUUAUUCUACUAGAAGAACUUUGGACUUGAAAAUAAAAUUUCAGUCGAGUCUAUAUAGAGAAGUAAGGAAAAGAGAAAAUUUGGAAAUGUAAACCAAAACGAAUGAAUAAUCCCUUGGGGUGUAUUGUGUGUGUGUGUGUGUGUGUGUGUGUGUGUAUUAUACAUAUAUAUAUACAUACACACAUACAUAUAUGUGUACAUAUACAUAUAUAUGUAUGUGUUUAUAUGUAUGUGUAUAUAUAUGCUUUUUUUGGUUUUCCAUUUUCACAUGAAACCUGUCAACUUAUUAAGAUACUUACGUUGUUAGAUAUAAUAUAGUUUAACUGAAUUCUAAUUUAGGUUAUGUACUUAAGUUUCACUUUUAAAACUUCAUGUUGUUGGAAGUUUUUAUUCCUAAAAGACAUAGUUUAUUUUGAACUUUCAUGGAACAGAUGAAUCUGACUUUUUUUGAGACAGGAUUUUUGGAUGGCAUCAAAAAAAUUAAUCUGUGCACUCAAGUCUUUUCCUUUUAUAGGACUAAGUCAAGCCAACGCUAUUCUUUUAGUCCACUUAGAGUUAAAGAAUACUGUUCUGACUGAAAAGUGAAGAAUUGAAGUGAAAGAUUGUCUCCUCUUGGUCCAAUAGUAUUAUUUUUAGCUCUCCACUUUCUUUUAAGGAUCUUCUCUAAAAUUCCAGUUGCUCUGUAAUCAGAUCCAGUUGAGAUCUCUACAACACUGUGAAAUAUCAGAACUAAAAUAAGUCAUGAUUUUUCUGAUAAUUCUGAUUCAAAUAUUACAUUGUAACAUGUUGAGUUUAUAAUUGUUGUAAAAAGGUCCAUUACCUAGUGAGGGUUCUAUUUAUAAUAGAUGAAAGAUGAAUUUAAUAUUUUGUCACCUUUUUAAAAAUAUGCUACUAUGGAAAUAUCGGUCUUAUUUGAUGACAUCAUGAAAUGUACCACAAAUGUCAUAGGACUAGCUGGCCAAAAAAUCAAUUGAAAUCCUCCACCUCAUAAUAAGCAUUUAUACAUUAUGUGCUUGUAUCAGCAAGUUUUGGAACUGCUAAUGUCUGAUACCGUGCCUGGAAUGCACAUACACUAAUUAAUUCUUAUGGUUUUGAUGAUGGCAAAUUAAAGUGAUCUUUUUCUUCA